CCCCAGUCACUUAUAAAUAAUCACUGAUAAAACAAAUUUUUACUUAUUAACAAAAAAAAAAGAAGAUGAAGAACAUGAAUAUGUUGACCGAUAGAAAAGAAAUAUGUCUUUCUUUUUUUUUUUUUUGUUUUUUCAUUGGCAAAGAGGAAUGCCUCUGAGAUUUUCAGUCAGCUCAAUACGAGACUAACAAUAGAAAAAAAAGAAAACGAGAGAAAAAAAAAAGAGACAGAGAAAGAGAUAGAGAGAAAGAGAGAAAAAUCUGGUAUUGAUAGUUUAUUGUUGUAGGUCAUUCUCUAUCUUUUUGUUUGAUUUAAAACCUAAAUAAUAUUAAAUAGGAAAGAAAAAAAAUCAAAAGUCUGAAGUGAUGGGUGGUACUAUAUCAGAUAUAGUUAAAGUUGUUGAUGAUGCUGUUAAACAAAUAAUAUUACAAAUCGAUCCAUCAAUAAUUAAAUUUAAAAAUACAACAUUAACAAUUCUUGAUAAUAUUGAAACAAAAUUUCAAUCAAAUAGUUCUCAAGCAUUAUCAUCAUUACGUCAAAAUCUUCUUCUUUGGCUUUUUUUAACAUUAAUAUUUUCAAUACUUGUUUUAAUUUUAAUACGUUAUUUAAUUGAUAUAUUACAUAAAUUACAAUUUAGUAUAUUAACACGUCAAUAUUCAACAUUAUUUGUAUUAACAAUAAUUAUUUUUUGGAUUUUUUUAUCAUCUAUAUUUGGAAUUUUUAUAAAUGAAGAUAUUAAUUGGUCAACAUUAAAAAUAAUUAUAUUUACUUUAGUUUGUUCAUUUAUAAUAUUAUUAAUAUUAAUAUGGUUUAGAUUUUUAUUAAUUUAUCAAAAAAAAAUAAUAAAAAAAUUAAAUUUUUUUUUUUGUCAAUGGAAUUUAUUAAAAGAUAAAAAUAAUCGUUUACAACAAUCAACUAUGACUUUACAUAUGUUAGCUAUUCAAAAAAAAACUCUCAAUGAUCAUAUUCAUCAAAUUUAA